AUGAACGGCAUGGUUCAUGAUGAUUUAGGAGACCCCCUGUAAGUAUGUGAUUGGCUAAACUCUUCAUUUGUCUCACUGAAUCACUGAAUUAAUUACCUAAUUUAGUAAUUAAAUAAUCUUGUCAGUAGCUGAGUGUAGAUGCGGUGUGGAAAUCAAGCGCAGGAAACACGGGCGUUCGUGAACAGACUUUAGUAAACGAAAGCAGCACCAAACAGGCGAACAGCCAACCCAACCGGGAGGCAAAAUACAAAUUACGCACAAUAAACACAGUGCGUAAAACGACGAUAGCGCACACAGUGCGGACUCUCGAAAAACAACAAAACACGAGAGUAAAUACAGAGAGCAACAGCUUGACAAAAAACAAUCACACAUAACACCUGACCCAACACACGAUAACUAAAUAGGAAACAAAAUCAAACACUAACAAGGGACAGGUGUACAAACAGACAAAACCAAACAAACAUGAAACAUCGAACGGUGGCAGCUAGUACUCCGGGGACGACGACCGCCGAAGCCUGCCCGAACAAGGAGGAGGAGCAGCCUCGGCCGAAACCGUGACAAAUCUACUUGUCAUGCAUCACACUGCUGGGUUAUUUUCAACACUGGCGAAUGGAGAAAAGUUCCUCUGCUCCUCCACUCCGUAAAAAAAUUUGAGAUCAUUAGAAUGAUUGGCUGGCUCAUUGUGAAACAGCAAGUAAAUAUCAUUGGCAUCUUAAUAAUUGAGAUGUGAAAUGCAUGAUCAGACCAUCACCCACCACGGAGUGCACAUAAACCAGUGUUCCCCAACUGGCGACCCGCGGGAUGAAUUUGACCCACAGUUGAUUUUAUUGGACCCCCAAGUUGUCUGAGCAACAAAAUAUAUAUAUAUAUACAGUGAGGGAAAAAAGUAUUUGAUCCCCUGCUGAUUUUGUACGUUUGUCCACUGACAAAGAAAUGAUCAGUCUAUAAUUUUAAUGGUAGGUUUAUUUGAACAGUGAGAGACAAAAUAACAACAAAAAAAUCCAGAAGAACGCAUAUCAAAAAUGUUAUAAAUUGAUUUGCAUUUUAAUGAGGGAAAUAAGUAUUUGACCCCCUCUCAAUCAGAAAGAUUUCUGGCUCCCAGGUGUCUUUUAUACAGGUAACGAGCUGAGAUUAGGAGCACACUCUUAAAGGGAGUGCUCCAAAUCUCAGCUUGUUACCUGUAUAAAAGAUACCUGUCCACAGAAGCAAUCAAUCAAUCAGAUUCCAAAAUCUCCACCAUGGCCAAGACCAAAGAGCUCUCCAAGGAUGUCAGGGACAAGAUUGUAGACCUACACAAGGCUGGAAUGGGCUACAAGACCAUCGCCAAGCAGCUUGGUGAGAAGGUAACAACAGUUGGUGUGAUUAUUCGCAAAUGGAAGAAACACAAAAUAACUGUCAAUCUCCCUCGGCCUGGGGCGCCAUGCAAGAUCUCACCUCGUGGAGUUGCAAUGAUCAUGAGAAUGGUGAGGAAUCAGCCCAGAACUACACAGGAGGAUCUUGUCAAUGAUCUCAAGGCAGCUGGGACCAUAGUCACCAAGAAAACAAUUGGUAACACAUUACGCCGUUAGACGUUACACAUUUGUAUUAUCGUUAGACAUAAAAUACUGUAAAAACACCAGCAAAUCAGUUCCAAGUUAUUUUAAUUUUGGAAAUCUGUUCCAAGGUAUUCACACGCAUAAUAGAGAGAUACAGUGCCUUCAGAAAGUAUUCACACCCCUUGACCUUUUCCACAUUUUGUUGUGUUAUAGCCUGAAUUUAAAAUGGAUUAAAUUGAUAUUUGUUUGUCAUUGGCCUACACAUAAUGUGGAAUUAUUUUGUUAGAAAUUGUUACUAUUAAUUAAAAAUGAAAAGCUGAAAUGUUUUGAGUCAAUAUGUAUUCAACCCUUUGUUAUGGCAAGACUAAAUAAGUUCAGGAGUAAAUAUUGAGUUGUAUGGACUCACUCUGUGUGCAAUAAUAGUGUUUAACAUGAUUUUUUAAUGACUACCUCAUCUCUGUACCCCACACAUAAAAUUAUCUGUAAGGUCCCUAAGCCAAGCAGUGAAUUUCAGAUUCAACCACAAAGAGCAGGGAGGGUUUCCAAUGCCUCACAAAUAAGGGCACCUAUUGGUAGAUAGGCACAUUUUCUUCACAAUAUAACAAACAUAGGCUCAUUCUGUUCAGGACAACCCAGGGCCAUGUCAUCUUGUAACUGUAAAUCACACAUAGGAAUCAUAAACGUUGACACAAUUUAUUAUUAAUUACUCUUUGGUUGGUGUAUUAAUAUACUCAGUCACUACAAAGAUACAGGUGUCCUUCCUAACUCAGUUGCCGGAGAGGAAGGAAACCGCUCAGGAAUUUCACCAUGAUGCCAAUGGUGACUUUAAAACAGUUACAGAGUUUAAUGGAUGUGUAGUUACUCCACAAUACUAACCUAAUUGACAGAGUGAAAAGAAGGAAGCCUGUACAGAAUAAAAAUAUUCCAAAACAUGUAUCCUGUUUGCAACAAGGCACUAAAGUAAUACUGCAAAAAAUGUGGCAAAGCAAUGAACUUUUUGUCCUGAAUACAAGUGUUAUGUUUGGGGCAAAUCCAAUACAACACAUUACUAAGUACCACUCUCCAAAUUUUCAAGCAUAGUAGUGGCUACAUCAUGUAAUGGGUACGCUUGUAAUCAUUAAGGACUGGGGAGUUUUUCAGUAUAAAAAAGAAACGGAAUGGAGCUAAGCACAGGCAAAGACCUAGAGGAAAACCUGGUUCAAUCUGCUUUCCACCAGACACUGGGAGAUUCAUUCACCUUUCAGCAGGAUAAUAACCUAAAACAGAAGGCCAAAUUUACCCUGGAGUGAAUGCUUCUGAGUGGCCGAGUUACAGUUUUGCUUGAAAAUCUAUGGCAAGACCUGAAAAUGGUUGUCUAGCAAUGAUCAACAACCAGUUUGAGCUUAAAUAAUUUUGAAAAGAAUAAUGGGCAAAUGUUCCACAAUCCAGAUGUGGAAAGCUCUUAGAGACUUACCCAGAAAGACUGACAGCUGUUUUUGCUGCCAAAUGUGCUUCUACAAAGUAUUGACUCAGGGGUGUGAUCUCAUUGUGUGAGUGCAUAAUGCUCAAUUGAAUGUUAAUUGAUUGAUGAUGCCAUUUGCAUGCUGUAGGCGUGAGAUGAACAGCUCCAGCUCUUUAGGCAGUUAGAGUAAGUUGGUUUCUGGUAUAACAGUUAUUUCUGCCAUCGAUUUUAGACCAGCAGGCAAAACAAGACCUGAUUCCCCUUGUGGCAGAUCUGUUUACCUAGAGGUAAGGAUGGAUCAAACACCACAGGAGGUGCUAAAAGGAGAGACUGUUGCAAAGUAGCCUGGCUCAAGCAACCCACUGAUACUUUGAUCUUCAAAUGGACCUGGUCGAGGACAACUCUCUUUACCUGGAGGUAAGAUGGAUCAAACACAACAGGAGUUGCUAAAAGGAGGAGACACUGUUGCAAAGUAGCCUGGCUCAAGCAUCCCAAUGAUCUUCAAAUGGACCUGGUCCGGGACAAUUGCUCAGUCACUGGAACACGUUGUCCACAGGCUUCGCUCACUGCAUGCACAGCAUAGUGUUGCAUAGCAGUUGCACACUCAAAGGGCAGUCAGUCCCAGUUCUUGGAGAGCACUGCUGAGGUGCCUGAUUUGGUAUGCUGAUGCCACAGGGCUGGGGUAAUGAGCUGAGAGAUCUAGCGAGAGCAAGAGUGAGAGCGAGAGCGAGAGCGAGAAGAAAAAAGGCCUACAAGCAGCCAGAGGCUCCUGGAUCCAAGCACAGCCCCACACCACACCCUCUGAGACGCACACAAAUUAAAUAUUUCUGUGAAAAUCUCCAGUGACUGGAGCUGCUACCAAUGUGGAGCCCCUCAUUAACAGCCCAACAUACACACAGAUACACAGUUCAUUUCAUUUCUUCAUACAAAUCAGAUUUCCCUCAAUAAAAUGCAAAUCAAUUUAUAUUAUUUUUUACAUGCGUUUGUCUGCAUUUUUUUGUUGUUAUUCUGUCUCUCACUGUUCAAAUAAACCUACCAUUAAAAUUAUAGACUGAUCAUGUCUUUGUCAGUGGGCAAACGUACAAAAUCAGCAAGGGAUCAAAUACUUUCUUUCCUCACUGUAUGCAUUGGGGCAGGUAGCGUUCUCCAGGCAUCCGCCAAACCCAGAUUUGUCCGUUGGACUGCCAGAUGAUGAAGCGUGAUUCAUCACUUCAGAGAACAUAUUUCCACUGCUCCAGAGUCCAAUGAAAGCGAGCUUUACACCCAUCCAGCCGACGCUUGGCAUUGCGCAUGGUGAUCGUAGGCUUGUGUGCAGCUGCUCGGCCAUGGAAACCCAUUUCAUGAAGCUCCAGACGAACAGUUCUUGUGCUGACGUUGCUUCUAGAGGUAGUUUGGAACUCGGUGGUGAAUGUUGCAACCGAGGACAGACGAUUUUUCCGCGCUACGCGCUUCAGCACUUCGGCCUACCACUUCGCGGCUGAGCCAGUGUUGUUCCUAGACAUUUCCACUUCACAACAACAUCACUUACAGUUGACCGGGGCAGCUCUAGCAAGGCAGAAAUUUGACGAACUGACUUGUUGGAAAGGUGGCAUACUAUGACGGUGCCACGUUGAAAGUCACUUUGCUCUUCAGUACGGGCCAUUCUACUACCAAUGUUUGUCUAAGGAGACUGCAUGGCUCUGUGCUUGAUUUUAUACACCUGUCAGCAACGGGUGUGGCUGAAAUAGCCGAAUCCACUAACUUGAAGGGAUGUCCAUAUACUUUUGGCCAUGUAGUGUAUCUAACUGAUACUAACAUGUUCAAAUAUAUCUGAAAAUAUGCAAAACACGAUUAUCCUUUUAUCCUCAUUCAUAUUAAUGAAAUGCAAUGUAAAAGCCAACAAGAUAUGCCAACAGGAUAGAAAGAAUCACAGAAAAAGAGAGACAGAGCGAGAAAGACUGAGUAGAAGAGAAGGAGAGGUGAGGGAGGGAGGGAGAGAAUAGAGGGGAUGGAGGAGAGAGAGGCCAGAGCACACCAUUCCUCCCCUGUAUAGCCAGGCUCUCAGGAAGAGAGGAGUGGGGAGAGUUAAACUCUAAUCGAGAUGGGUAUGGCUGGGUGGACCAUUGCAGAGAGCAGAGGCCGCUACGGUGUCACCCCUCUAACACAGACCCAACUCUCCUCCAUCACUCAUAACACAGAUCUAGAGCGGCUUGGUUUACCAUGGAGGGUCACUAAACACAGACUGAAUAACUCACUCCUCUACCAAACUGGUGUCUAACAUUCCAGGCUACUUUGAAGACCGCUGUUGUCAAACUUUUUCUUGGAGGAAUUCCCAGGUAAGCAACAUACAGUAUUUGACAAGAAUUUAAGGAUAUUGCCAUAUAGUGAAGUUGACAUUGUUGUUUGUUGGUGCAAAAAAUUAUUGCUGAUGUACAAAGCUAAUUUCUUAGGUGAUUAGUCAACUGACGCCAAAUCUGAUAGAAUUAUUCUACAUUUUAGUCAUUUAGCAGACACUCUUAUCCAGAGCGACUUACAGUUAGUGAGUGCAUAUAUUUUCAUACUGGCCCCCCGUGGGAAUCGAACCCACAACCCUGGCGUUGCAAACGCCAUGCUCUUCCAACUGAGUUACAAAAGAGCACUUGCCUGAAGAAUAUUUGAUUCGUCAACACAUAGGCUAAUUUAGCACACAAAGCAUUUAUCUAUAAUAAAAUGUCCAGUCUAGUUGAAAACUACACUGCAAAAAAGUGAAAUCUAAUCAAGCCUAAAUAUAUGUUAUGUUGAGUGAUAAUUAACUUAAAAUUAGUAUUUUUCUUCUUUUUUUUUCUUACCAAGCUACAUUAUCUAACGGUCAUUGGCUGAUCAUUUUGCUUAUUUUAACCUAAAAAAGCCUUAAUACAAGUAAUUGAUCUUAUUUGAAGAUAUUUUUCAAGAUAUUUUACGUUAAUAAGGCGACUACGGUAAAAUAUAGUGAAAAAUAUUUUUUUAUUAGAUAAAUUACUUGUAGGCUUGCUUAGAUUUCACUUCUGCAGUGUUACUCAACACUUACAGUAUAUCAAGACUUUGAUACAUCAUUGUUCUUUUAUUUGGUUCAUGUCAUUAUGGACUGAUUGACUUGUGGUUAGGAUGCACAUAACCGCAAUGCAUAGUAAAGUGCUUAAUCACAAUUCAAAGAGAAGAAAGAACCAGUUUCUGACAUGUGGAAAACAGGCUCUAGUUCAACAGUUUAUUUUAUUUUUUGUCUUUUUUUUUUUGUCAUUUAGCAGGCGCUCUUAUCCAGAGCGACUUACAGGAGCAAUUAGGGUUAAGUGCCUUGCUCAAGGGCACAUCGGCUGAUUUUUCACCUAGUCGGCUCGGGGAUUAGAACCAGCGACCUUUCGGUUACUGGCACUACGCUCUUAACCACUAAGCUACCUGCCACCGACAUGUCAUUUUAUUAUAUCCCGAAACAUCAACAUUUGAAAUAGCACCUUCAAAGGCCAAAACUAACUCAUUUUGCUUGAAAUCUCAAUAAAAAGUGUGAAGGUUCUUCAUAACACACAUUACGACAUAUAAGAAACAUAUGGGUGUCAUAUAUUACAUAUGUACACUGAAUAUAAAUAUAAACACAACAUGUAAAGUGUUCGUCCCAUGUUUCAUGAGCUGAAAUUAAAUAUCCCAGAAAUGUUCCAUGCGCACAAAAAACGUAUUUCUCCAAAAUGUACAUCCUUGUUAGAGAAAAUUUAUCCGUUGCCAAGAUAAUCCAUCCACCUGACAGGUGUGGUAUUUCAAGAAGCUGAUUAAACAGCAUAAUCAUUACACAGGUGCACAUAAUAUUUCUGCCACCGUCUCUUAUGACCAAAAAGAGCUUCUGGGUAUCAGGACAGCGAUUACUCACCUCGUAUUGGACGAAGAUUUUUUCUUCAACGAGCCAGACGCGAAGGACAUCCUAUAGACAACCGACAAGGCCCAAAUCCCUGUCAUUCGCAUGAGAAAGAGACGGAGAUAUCGUGGACGUACAGUUGAAGUCGGAAGUUUACAUACACCUUAGCCAAAUACAUUUAAAUUCAGUUUUUCACAAUUCCUGACAUUUAAUCCUAGUAAAAAUGCCCUGUCUUAGGUCAGUUAGGUUCACCACUUUAUUUUAAGAAUGUGAAAUGUCAGAAUAAUAGUAGAGAAAAUGAUUUAUUUCAGCUUUUAUUUAUUUCAUCACAUUCCCAGUGGGUCAGAAGUUUACAUACACUCUAUUAGUAUUUGGUAGCAUUGCCUUUAAAUUGUUUAACUUGGGUCAAACGUUUCGGGUAACCUUCCACUAGCUUCCCACAAUAAGUUGGGUGAAUUUUGGCCCAUUCCUCCUGACAGAGAUGGUGUAACUGAGUCAGGUUUGUAGGCCUCCUUGCUCGCAAAUACUUUUUCAGUUCUGCCCACACAUUUUCUAUAGGAUUGAGGUCAGGGCUUUGUGAGGACCACUCCAAUACCUUGACAAUGUUGUCCUUAAGCCAUUUUGCCACAACUUUUGAAGUAUGCUUGGGGUCAUUGUCCAUUUGGAAGACCCAUUUGCGACCAAGCUUUAACUUCCUGAAUGAUGUCUUGAGAUGUUGCUUCAAUAUAUCCACAUCAUUUUCCUUCCUCAUAAUACCAUCUAUUUUGUGAAGUGCACCAGUCCCUCCUGCAGCAAAGCACCCCCACAGCAUGAUGCUGCCACCCCGUGCUUCACGGUUGUGAUGGUGUUCUUCGGCUUGCAAGCAACCCCCUUUUUCCUCCAAACAUAACAAUGGUCAUUAUGGCCAAACAGUUCUACUUUUGUUUAAUCAGACCAGAGGACAUUUCUCCAAAAAAUACGAUCUUUGUAUCCAUGUGCAGUUGCAAACCGUAGUCUGGCUUUUUUAUGGCGGUUUUGGAGCAGUGGCUUCUUCCUUGCUGAGCGGCCUUUCAGGUUAUGCCGAUAUAGGACUCGUUUUACUGUGGAUAUAGAUACUUUUGUACCUGUUUCCUCCAGCAUCUUCACAAGGUCCUUUGCUGUUGUUCUGGGAUUGAUUUGCAUUUUUCGCACCAAAGUACGUUAAUCUCUAGGAGACAGAACGCGUCUCCUUCCUGAGUGGUAUGACGGCUGCGUGGUCCCAUGGUGUUUAUACUUGCGUACUAUUGUUUGUACAGAUGAAUGUGGUAUCUUCAGUCAUUUGGAAAUUGUUCCCAAGGAUGAACCAGACUUGUGGAGGUGUACAAAAAUUUUUCUGAGGUCUUGGCUGAUUUCUUUUGAUUUCCCCAUGAUGUCAAGCAAAGAGGCACUGAGUUUGAAGGUAGGCCUUGAAAUACAUCCACAGGUACACCUCCAAUUGACUCAAAUGAUGUCAAUUAGCCUAUCAGAAGCUUCUAAAGCAUGACAUAUUUUCUGGAAUUUUCCAAGCUGUUUAAAGGCACAGUCAACUUAGUGUAGGUAAACUUCUGACCCACUGGAAUUGUGAUAAACUGAAUUAUAAGUGAAAUAAUCUGUAUGUAAACAAUUGUUGGAAAAAUGACUUGUGUCAUGCACAAAGUAGAUGUCCUAACCAACUUGCCAAAACUAUAGUUUGUUAACAAGACAUUUGUGGAGUGGUUGAAAAACGAGUUUUAAUGACUCCAACCUAAGUGUAUGUAAACUUCCGACUUCAACUGUAGGUCUUGUAAGGAUCCGACGGCGAGCGAGUAAACGGCCUUUUCCAUCAAGCCUAUUAGCCAAUGUUCAAUCAUUUGAGAACAAAUUGGACGACCUAAGAUUACGGUUAUCCUACCAAUGGGACAUUCAAAACUGUAAUAUCUUAUGUUUCACAGAGACGUGGCUGAACGACGACAUGGACAACAUACAGCUGACGGGAUAUACGCUACAUCGGCAGGAUAGAACGGCUGACUCCGGUAAGACAAGGGGUGGCGGUCUGUGUAUAUUUGUAAACAACAGCUGGUGCACAAAAUGUAAUACUAAGGAAGUCUCGAGGUUUUGCUCGCCUGAGGUAGAGUAUCUCAUGAUAAGCUGUAGACCACACUAUUUACCAAGAGACUUUUCAUUUAUAUUUUUCGUAGCUGUCUAUCUACCACCACAAACCGAUGCUGGCAUUAAGAUUGCACUCAAUGAGCUGUAUAAGGCCAUAAGUAAACAGGAAAAUGCUCCUCCAGAGGCAGCGCUCCUAGUGGCCGGGGACUUUAAUGCAGGGAAACUUAAAUCCAUUCUACCUAAUUUCUACCAGCAUAUUAAAUGUGCAACCAGAGGAAAAAAAACUCUAGACCACCUUUACUCCACACACAGAGAUGAAUACAAAGCUCUCCCUCGCCCACCAUUUGGCAAAUCUGACCAUAACUCUAUCCUCCUGAUUCCUGCUUAUAAGCAAAAACUAAAGCAGGAAGCACCAGUGACUCGGUUAAUAAAAAAGUGGUCAGAUGAUGCAGAUGCAAAGCUACAGGACUGUUUUGCUAGCACAGACUGGAAUAUGUUCCGGGAUUCUUCAGAUAGCAUUGAGGAGUACACCACAUCAGUCACUGGCUUCAUAAAUAACUGCAUCGAUGACGUCGUCCCCACAGUGACCGUACGUACAUACCCCAACCAGAUGCCAUUGAUUACAGGCAACAUCUGCACUGAGCUAAAGGGUAGAGCUGCCGCUUUCAAGGAGCGGGACUCUAACCCGGACGCUUAUGCCCUCUGACGAACCAUCAAACAGGCAAAGAGUCAAUACCGGACUAAGAUUGAAUUGUACUACACCGGCUCUGACACUCGUCGGAUGUGGCAGGGCUUGAAAAAUAUUACAGAUUACAAAAGGAAGCACAGCUGCGAGCUGCCCAGUGACACAAGCCUACCAGACGAGCUAAAUCACUUCUAUGCUCGCUUCGAGGCAAGCAACACUGAAGUGUGCAUGAGAGCACCAGCUGUUCCUGAUGACUAUGUGAUCACGCUCUCCGUAGCCAAUGUGAGUAAGACUUUUACGUAGGUCAACAUUCACAAGGCAAGACAGAUUACCAGGACGUGUACUCCGAGCAUGUGCUGACCAACUGGCAAGUGUUUUCACUGACAUGUCCCUGACUGAAUCUGUAAAACCAACAUGUUUCAAGCAGACCACCAUAGUCCCUGUGCCCAAGGACACUAAGAUAACCUGCCUAAAUGACUACCGACCCGUAGCACUCACGUAUGUAGCCAUGAAGUGCUUUGAAAGGCUGGUCAUGGCUCACAUCAACACCAUUAUCCCAGAAACCCUAGACCCACUCCAAUUUGCAUACCGCCCCAACAGAUCCACAGAUGAUGCAAUCUGUAUUGCACUCCACACUGCCCUUUCCCACCUGGACAAGAGGAACACUUACGUGAGAAUGCUGUUCAUUGACUACAGCUCAGCUUUCAACACCAUAGUGCCCUCAAAUCUCAUCACUAAGCUAAGGAUCCUGGGACUAAACACCUCAGCAUUCAGGAUUAGACCUAACCGUUGUAGGAAAAAGGGGACUGAGCACGCACCCAUUCUCAUCGACGGGGCUGUAGUGGAACAGGUUGAGAGCUUCAAGUUCCUUGGUGUCCACAUCACCAACGUACUAUCAUGGUCCAAACACACCAAGACAGUCGUGAAGAGGGCACGACAAAGCCUAUUCCCCCUCAGGAGACUGAAGAUGUUUGGCAUGGGUCCUCAGAUCCUCAAAAAGUUAUACAGCUGCACCAUCGAGAGCAUCCUGACUGGUUGCAUCACCGCCUGGUAUGGCAACUGCUUGGCCUCCGACCGCAAGGCACUACAGAGGGUAGUGCGUACGGCCCAGUACAUCACUGGGGCCAAGCUUCCUGCCAUCCAGGACCUCUAUACCAGGCGGUGUCAGAAAUUGUCAAAGACUCCAGCCACCCUAGUAAUAGACUGUUCUCUCUGCUACUGCACGGCAAGCAGUACCAGAGAGCCAAGUCUAGGUCCAAAAGGCUUCUCAACAGCUUCUACCCCCAAGCCAUAAGACUCCUGAACAGCUAAUCAUUGCUACCCGGACUAUUAGCACUGCCCCCCCAUCCCCACCCCCCUCUUUUACGCUGCUGCUACUCUGUUUAUUAUUUAUGCAUAGUCACUUUAACUCUACCCACAUGUACAUAUUACCUCAAUUACCUCGACUAGCCGGUGCCCCCGCACAUUGACUCUGCACCGGUACCCCCAUGUAUAUAGCCUCCCUACUGUUAUUUUAUUUUACUGCUGCUCUUUAGUUAUUUGCUUUAUUUUUUUUUUACUUAACACUUUGUAAAAGAAAAAAACUUUAAAAAGUGCAUUGUUGGUUAAGGGCUUGUAAGUAAGCAUUUCACUGUAAUGUCUACACCUGUUGUAUUCGGCGCAUGUGGCAAAUAACAUUUGAUUUCAUUUGAUUUGUGCUGGGGACAAUAAAAGGCCACUCUAAAAUAUGCAGUUUUGUCACACAACACAAUGCCACAGAUAGCGUGCAAUUGGCAUGCUGGCUGCAGGAUUGUCCACCAGAGCUGUUGCCAGAUAAUUUCAUGUUAAUUUCUCUACAAUAUGCCGCCUCCAAUGUCUUUUUAGAGAAUUUGGCAGUACGUCCAAUCGGCCUCACAACCGCAGACCAUGUGUAUGGCAUCGUGCAGUUUGCUGAUGUCAAAGUUGUGCCCAAUGGUGGCAAUGGGGUUAUGGUAUGGGUAGGCACAAGCUAUGGAUAACGAACACAAUUGCAUUUUAUCAUUUGCAAUUUGAAUGCACAGAGAUACCGUGACGAGAUCCUGAGGCCCAUUGUCAUGCCAUUCAUCCGCCAUGUUUCAGCAUGAUAAUGAACGGCCCCAUGUCGGAUCUGUACACAAUUCCUGGAAGCGGAAAAUGUCCCAGUUCUUCCAUGGCCUGCAUACUCACAGAUGUGUCACCCAUUGAGCAUGUUUGGGAUGCUCUGGAUCGAGUGUUCCAGGUCCUGCCAAUAUCCAGCAACUUUGCACAGCCAUUGAAGAGGAGUGGGACAACAUUCCACAGGCCACAAUCAACAGCCAACUCUAUGCGAAGGAGGCAAAUAGUGAUCACACCAGAUACUGACAGGUUUUCUGAUCCACACCCCUACCUUUUUUUAAAAGGUAUCUGUGACCAGCAUAUGCAUAUAUGUAUUCCCAGUCAUGUGAAAUCCAUAGAUUAGGGCCUAAUGAAUUUAUUUCAAUUGACUGAUUUCCUCAUAUGAACUGUAAGUCAGUAACAUUUUUGAAAUUGUUGCAUGUUGUGUUUAUAUUUUUGAUCAGCAUAAUUUUGACUCCCAAACAGAACAUUUUUAUAUGAAUUAGAUAUAUUAUACAGCGAGGGAAAAAAGUAUUUGAUCCCCUGCUGAUUUUGUACGUUUGCCCACUGACAAAGACAUGAUCAGCCUAUAAUUUUAAUGGUAGGUUUAUUUGAACAGUGAGAGACAGAAUAACAACAAAAAAAUCCAGAAAAACGCAUGUCAAAAAUGUUAUAAAAUGAUUUGCAUUUUAAUGAGGGAAAUAAGUAUUUGAUCCCUCUGCAAAACAUGACUUAGUACUUGGUGGCAAAACCCUUGUUGGCAAUCACAGAGGUCAGACGUUUCUUGUAGUUGGCCACCAGGUUUGCACACAUCUCAGGAGGGAUUUUGUCCCACUCCUCUUUGCAGAUCUUCUCCAAGUCAUUAAGGUUUCGAGGCUGACGUUUGGCAACUCGAACCUUCAGCUCCCUCCACAGAUUUUCUAUGGGAUUAAGGUCUGGAGACUGGCUAGGCCACUCCAGGACCUUAAUGUGCUUCUUCUUGAGCCACUCCUUUGUUGCCUUGGCCGUGUGUUUUGGGUCAUUGUGAUGCUGGAAUACCCAUCCACGACCCAUUUUCAAUGCCCUGGCUGAGGGAAGGAGGUUCUCACCCAAGAUUUGACGGUACAUGGCCCCGUCCAUCGUCCCUUUGAUGCGGUGAAGUUGUCCUGUCCCCUUAGCAGAAAAACACCCCCAAAGCAUAAUGUUUCCACCUCCAUGUUUGACGGUGGAGAUGGUGUUCUUGGGGUCAUAGGCAGCAUUCCUCCUCCUCCAAACACGGCGAGUUGAGUUGAUGCCAAAGAGCUCGAUUUUGGUCUCAUCUGACCACAACACUUUCACCCAGUUGUCCUCUGAAUCAUUCAGAUGUUCAUUGGCAAACUUCAGACGGCCCUGUAUAUGUGCUUUCUUGAGCAGGGGGACCUUGCGGGCGCUGCAGGAUUCCAGUCCUUCACGGCGUAGUGUGUUACCAAUUGUUUUCUUGGUGACUAUGGUCCCAGCUGCCUUGAGAUCAUUAACAAGAUCCUCCCGUGUAGUUCUGGGCUGAUUCUUCACCGUUCUCAUGAUCAUUGCAACUCCAUGAGGUGAGAUCUUGCAUGGAGCCCCAGGCCGAGGGAGAUUGACAGUUCUUUUGUGUUUCUUCCAUUUGCGAAUACUGUAAUUUUCGGACUAUAAGCCGCGCCUUUUUUCCCAUUUUUCGACCCCUGCGGCUUAUAUAACGGUGCGGCUAAUCUAUGGAUUUUUACAGCUAACGGCCACUAGAAGACCUCCUAAAUCUAUGGAUUUUACAGGUUACAGUCCACCAACUUUAACUCUAUGGGCUCUAUGACCGGUCCGCGCCCCCCACCUUUAAGCGGCGGGCUCCAGCAGGAAAAGCUGGAGGCCGGAAAAGAGUGAGACAGGUAGCGCGCAAAAGUAAAAGUGGAACCGAGAGCAAGACAGACAGACAUUACGAGAGCGAGACAGUUUGUGCAAAGGAAGUUUUCAUGCACAAACCCUCAUUAUGGAAAACAAACGUAGAAAUGCAUAUGAUGCAGCUUUUAAGUUAAAGGCAGUCAAAGAAGGAAAUACACCUGCUGCACGUAGCCUUGGCAUCAAUGAGUCAAUGGUGAGACGUUGGAGACGCCAGCGGGAAGAACUGUCUCAAUGCAAAAAGUCAAAAAAUGCUUUCAGAGGUAAUAAAAGCAGAUGGCCCGAACUUGAAGACUUGAAGAUUGGGUGAACACACAGAGAGCAGACGGCCGAGGUGUUUCCACCGUGCAGAUCCGACUGAAAGCUGAAACAGUCGCCACCGAAAUGAAAAUAGAAAAUAUUGAAUGGCAUCUCCUUUAAAGUCAACAAGAAAGGGUGGAUGAUGGAAAGCGUAAUGAAUGAGUGGCUGAAUGAGUGCUACGUCAAGCGCCCUGGAGGAUUCUUUCGGCAAAAAAAAGCUUUGCUCGUUUUGGACAGCAUGAGGGCCCAUAUAACGGAUUAUGUGAAAGCAGCCAUCAAGAGCACAAACUCCAUUCCAGCUGUGAUUCCUGGGGGCACAACGAAGCAUCUGCAGCCACUCGACAUCAGUGUCAAUCGUGCGUUCAAAGUGGCACUACGCGUUCAGUGGGAGGCGUGGAUGACUAGCGGCGAUAAAUCAUUCAACAAAACUGGUCGCAUGCGAAAAGCAACUUUCGCUCAAGUUUGCGAGUGGAUCCUGAUAGCGUGGAGGAGUGUCAAAACAUCCACGAUCAUUAACGGGUUCCGAAAGGCUGGACUGCUGCGUGAUGAAGAGGAGGACGCCGCCACAGCUGAGGCCCUUCAGAGGCUGUUCGAUUCCGACAGUGACGAAAAGGAGUUCGUUGGUUUUGAGAGCGUCAACGAAGGAGAGAGGAGAGUGGCUGACGAAGCCACCCUGAGCCUGUUUGUUUCCGACACUGAAGAUGAGGACUUUGGUGGUUUUAGUACGCAGGAAGAAGACGGAGAUGAGGAUUAAUGACUUGACUUUUCUGGUUACAGCCGUGUACUGCACCUUAGCCUAAAAGAUGAAGACGAGGAUUAAUGACUUUUCUGGUAGGCUGAUUACCGUAUAUUUUAAGCAGCCGUGUUGCUGCAACUUUAGGUUUACGCGCUUACUGUCGUGUUACAGGCACUUUAUUUUGCACUUAAUACUUGAUAUUGCUUCGUCAAACGCUGUAAGCUUUGUUUUUUGUUAUGGUACUACUGUAGGCUAUAAUGUAGAUAAAUAUUCAAAGAUGUGCACACUUUUUCAAGGUUUUUCAAAAAUAACCAAAGUUAAGUGGUUAAAUGAUUGUGACGCUAUUAACUAAUUUUGCUGGAAUACGUUAUGCAAAUAUGCAACUUGUUUGUUGAAAUGUUAAUAAAUGGGAGCUUCCUCAAGCAGCCAUCUCUUUCCCGACAAUCCCCUCUGUGCACGAACCCUUACAUAUGGUAAUUAAACAUUAAAACACCUGCGGCUUAUAGUCCAGUGCGGCUUAUAUAUGUACACAUCAUUCAAUUUAGCUGUUGCGGCUUAUACUCCGGUGCGCCUUAUAGUGCGGAAAAUACGGUAAUCGCACCAACUGUUGUCACCUUCUCACCAAGCUGCUUGGCGAUGGUCUUGUAGCCCAUUCCAGCCUUGUGUAGGUCUACAAUCUUGUCCCUGACAUCCUUGGAGAGCUCUUUGGUAUUGGCCAUGGUGGAGAGUUUGGAAUCUGAUUGAUUGAUUGCUUCUGUGGACAGGUGUCUUUUAUACAGGUAACAAACUGAGAUUCAUCAAGGAUCUCUCUGUACUUUGCUCCUUUCAUCUUUCCCUCGGUCCUGACUAGACUCCCAGUCCCUGCUGCUGAAAAACAUCCCCACAGCAUGAUGCUGCCACCACCAUUCUUCUCCGUAGGGAUGGUGCCAGGUUUCCUCCAGACGUGACGCUUGGCAUUCAGGCCAAAGAGGUCAAUCUUGGUUUCAUCAGACCAGAGAAUCUUGUUUCUCAUGGUCUGGGAGUCCUUAAGGUGCCUUUUGGAAAACUCCAAGCGUGCUGUCAUGCCUAUUACUGAGAAGUGGCUUCCGUCUGGCCACUCUACCAUAAAGAACUGAUUGGUGGAAUGCUGCAGAGAUGGUUGUUCUUCUGGAAGGUUCUCUCACCUCCACAGAGGGACUCUGGAGCUCUGUCAGAGUGACCAUCGGGUUCUUGGUCAUCUCCCUGACCAAGUGACCAAGGCCCUUCCCCUCCGAUUGCUUAGUUUGGCCGGGUGGCCAGCUCUAGGAAGAGUCUUGGUGGUUCCAAACUUCUUCCAUUUUAAAAUGAUGGAGGCCACUGUAUUCUUUGGGACCUUCAAUGCUGCAGAAAUGUUUUUGGUACCCUUUCCCAGAUCUGUCCCUUGGCACAAGCCUGUCUCGGAGCGCUACGGACAAUUCCUUCGACCUCAUGGCUUGGUUUUUGGUGUGGGACCUUAUAUAGACUGGUGUGUGCCUUUCCAAAUCAUGUCCAAUCAGUUGCAUUUACCACAGGUGGACUCCAAUCAAGUUGUAGAAACAUCUCAAGGAUGAUCAAUGGAAACAGGAUGCCCCUGAGCUCAAUUUAGAGUCUCAUAACAAAUGGUCUGAAUACUUAUGUAAAUAAGGUAUUUCUGUUUUUUAUUUUUUAUACAUUUGCGAGAAUUUCGGAAGACCUGUUUUUGCUUGGUCAUUAUGGGAUGUUGUGUCUAGAUUGAUGAGGAAAAUAAUGUAUUUGAUACAUUUUAGAAUAAGGCUGUAACGUAACAAUGUGGAAAAGGAAAGGGCCCCGUGUAGCUCAGUUGGUAGAGCAUGGCGCUUGCAACGCCAGGGUUGUGGGUUCGUCUCCCACGGCGGGCCCGUAUGAAAAAUGUAUGCACUCACUAACUGUAAGUCGCUCUGGAUAAGAGCGUCUGCUAAAUUACUAAAAUGUAAAUGUAAUUAGGAGCACUCCUUUUAAGAGUGUGCUCCUAAUCUCAGCUCAUUACCUAUAUAAAAGACACCUGGGAGACAGAAAUCUUUCUGAUUGAGAGGGGAUCAAAUACUUACUUCCCUUAUUAAAAUGAAAAUCCAUUUUUGACAUGCAUUUUUCUGGAUUUUUUUGUUGUUAUUCUGUCUCUCACUGUUCAAAUAAACCUACCAUUAAAAUUAUAGACUGAUCAUUUCUUUGUCAGUGGGCAAACGUACAAAAUCAGCAGGGGAUUAAAUACUUUUUCCCCUCACUGUACUUUAGCUAAACAAACUACAGUAGGCUACAUGUGGGGGGUUCUGUUGUUGGAAUGGCUCACACACUGGUGGAACCUAUUACAUUUUUACAUUUUACAUUUUAGUCAUUUAGCAGACGCUCUUAUCCAGAGCGACUUACAGGAGCAAUUAGGGUUAAGUGCCUUGCUCAAGGGCACAUUUACGUCAUUUAGCAGACGCUCUUAUCCAGAGCGACUCACAAAUUGGUGCAUUCACCCUAUAGCCAGUGGGAUAACCACUUUACAAUUUUGGGGGGGGGGGGGGGGGGGGGUAGAAGGAUUACUUUAUCCUAUCCCAGGUAUUCCUUAAAGAGGUGGGGUUUCAAAUGUCUCCGGAAGGUGGUGAGUGACUCCGCUGUCCUGGCGUCGUGAGGGAGCUUGUUCCACCAUUGGGGUGCCAGAGAAGCGAACUACCUAUUAUACCUUGCAAAUAGAUUGCUUGAUCUGUAGGAUCAAGGAUUUCUCAGGAUACUUGGCUCUUUACUUGGCUCUUGGGUUGAUGUUUAUAUUUUGCACAUGCACGCAGGCAGCUUCUGCAUGUGUUGUGUUGUUCCCUCCCUGUCUGUCUCUCUCCGUGUAGCUAUAACAGCCUCCAGACAGUGGAGGUAUCAGAGUUCACACACCUCCGCCAGCUGGAGAUGCUUAUGCUCCAUGGGAAUGACAUCACGACUGUGUCUCCAGGAGUGUUUUACAGCCUGUGCUCUCUGGAGGUAAGGCCUCCCGACAGGCUGGCACCAAGGAGGGUCUCUUGUCUCACUCACGACAAGAAAGAUAACAAAGGCUACAUACACUACAUGGCCAAAAGUAUGUGGACAACUGCUUGUCGAACAUCUCAUUCCAAAAUCAUGGAAUUUAAUAUGGAGUUGGUCCCUCCUUUGCUGCUAUAACAGCCUACACUCUUCUGGGAAGGCUUUCCACUAGAUGUUGGAACAUUGCUGCGGGGACUUACUUCCAUUCAGCCACAAGAGCAUUAGUGAGAUGGGACUGAUUUUUUGGGGGCGAUUAGGCCUGUCUAACAGUUGGCGUUCCAAUUCAACCCAAAGGUGUUCGAUGGGGUUGAGGUCAGGGCUCUGUGCAUGCCAGUCAAGUUCUUCCACACCGAUUAUGCCAAACCAUUUAUGUAUGGACCUUGCUUUGUACAUGGGGGCAUUGUCAUGCUGAAACAGGAAAGGGCCUUCCCCAAACUGUUGCCACAAAGUUGGAAGUACAGAAUCGUCUAGAAUGUCAUUAAGAUUUCCCUUCACUGGAACUAAGGGGCCUAGCCCGAACCAUGAAAAAGCCCCAGACUAUUAUUCCUCCUCCACCAAACUUUACAGUUAGCACUAUGCAUUCAGGCAGGUAGCAUUCUCCUGGCAACCGCCAAAUGCAGAUUCAUCCGUCAGACUGCCAGAUCGUGAAGCUUGAUUCAUCACUUCAGAGAACACAUUUCACUGCUCCAGAGUCCAAUGGCGGCGAGCUUUACACCACUCCAGCCGACGCUUGGCAUUGUGCAUGGGGAUCUUAGGCUUGUGUGCGGCUGCUCAGCCAUGGAAACCCAUUUCAUGAAGCUCCAAACGAACAGUUAUUGUGCUGACGUUGCAUCCAGAGGUAGAGGGUGUUGCAACAGAGGACAGACAAUUUUUACAUGCUACACGCUUCAGCACUCGGCGGUCCCAUUCUGUGACCUUGUGUGGCCUACCACUUCGCGGCUGAGCAGUUGUUGCUCCUAGACAUUUUCACUUCACAAUAACAGCACUUAGAGUUGACCGGGGCAGCUCUAGCAGGGCAGAAAUUUGACGAACUGACUUGUUGGAAAGGUGGCAUCCUAUGACAUACGUUGAAAGUCACAGAGCUUUUCAGGAAGGUCUGUCAGCAAUGGGUGUGGCUGAAAUAGCCGAUUCUACCAAUUUGAAGGGGUUUCCACAUACUUUUGUAUAUUUGGUGUACAUAAAACUGUGUUAUCCUGUCUCACUAUCCCUAUAAAAUGUUCUCUCAUUUGUUGAGAGGCAAUCAUAUGGUAAAUCAUGUUCCUUGCCAGAUUCUGAAGCUGAGCUACAACAAGCUGAAGACCGUCACCCCUGGUAUAUUUGAGGGCUUGGUCAGCCUGGUGCGACUCCACCUCGACCGCAACAACAUAGACUUCAACGAGCCAUACACCUUCAGUGGGCUAACGUCAUUAAAACUACUACAGCUAGAGGGGAACAAGCUGAGGGACCUCCACCCACACAGAUCCGUCACCCUCUCUCUCCUGGGAAACUUCUGGACCUCUGGGCUGCAUCACCGCCACCUUUCUGACAACCAGCUGCACUACCUCCAGCCUGGGACCCUGCAGCCCCUCAGCAAGCUGGAGCUACUAUCCCUGCAUGGCAACCCCUGGACCUGUGACUGCCAUCUCCAGUGGCUGCUAGAGUGGAAAACCAAGCAUGAGGGUGAGGCCUCUCACACAUACUCUCUCUCUACGGUUGUUUGUGCUGUAUAGUCCUGAAGAGUCUCCCAUCCACUCCAACAUUUGUCGCUGUGCUUUGAUUACGUUUUCACUCCACAACAAUGAUUAGGCCCAUGUGUAGGCUCUUUUCAUGCAUGCACAUGGAUGAUAAUACAUCAUUGUGAGUGUUUAUGUGCCGUUUCCUCUGCCCGAGUCAGACUGAAAAUGCUCAUAUAUAUCAAUAGUUGCAUGACUCUAUCACUGAACAAUGUUCUAAUUAGUGUGCACAUAAUCUGUAACUUUCUCGGAACCCAGUUUCAGGUAAACAAACAGAAAAAUGCACAUUCUGACACCUACACUCUCUCUCUCUCUCUGUCUGUCUUUCUCUCUCUCUCUCACAGGAGUGAUUAAGUGUAAGAAGGAGCGGAAAGCUGCAUCCGGUGAGAACUGUGCUGUGUGCUCCUCGCCACAGCCCUUAAAUGGCAGCCAGGUCCUGAGGUUGUCUGCUGGCCAGCUGGCAUGUGAGCGGCCCUCCCUGGUGUCCCCUCUGAAGCAGUGGUACAGCCCCGGCUGGGACGACCAGGACUCAGAGCCUGACCUGCCUGACACCAGGGACCUGGAGCGUCCCCUGGGCCACCUCGCCUGGUCAGCCUGCUGGAGUGUGAGAUCAACCGGGACACUCUGCAGAACCUCUGGAGGCUGGUGGCCUACUACUACGAGAGCCCCGCCCUCCUGAAGAGGGGGAUGAGGAGAGAGAACAUGUUUCAGUACUCCCAGGGUCACAACGAGGAAUCCCCUUACUUUACAGAUCUCAAAGGACACUUAAUGUCUGAACCAGCAUGGCUCCUCCAACUCAGGGUCACCCUGCAGCUGAACAGGUGGCAAACCACCACGAAAAAACUGGUGCUGGACUUUACCAAGUUCAUCUCCAAGCACAUCAGUGGUAGGGGAGAACAGGAGGACGUGACUUCCUCCUGGGCCCUGAUUCAGAGAGGAAGUCCGGAGAGAGUUCAGUCUGUGCUGGAGGGCUCUGAGGUCAGUUUGGGGUGUACAGUAAUCAGUUCGGGUCACAGUCUGUAGAGUGGAUGCUCCCAGAUCUAUCUAUCCUGGAAGAAUCAAUAUCACUGUCUGGUCCGCACCAAGACUGAUGUGGACAUGGUGCCUGUGAGAUUGACAGUGAAAGAACGCCUGUUCAGCCCGAACACUCUGAAUAGGAAGAAGAUGGAGGUGGAAAACAGGGAGUCCCUCUCACUCUGUGACCUCAGCACAGCCCUGCGAGACACGCUGGUACAUCCCUAAAAAUCAGAUCCUACUACCAUCGCAACCGAAGGGGAGGGUCUACGUCAAUCAAAAUGGCACUCAUGAGGACGCUGGGGAGUACAGCUGUUUGGCUGCUAACCUCUAUGUAGUAGACAUGUUGGCUCAUCUCACAGGAGAGAAAAAUGUGGAUGCAAAAGAAGAGGGUGAGAAAGAAUCAUCAGGUGUUGAAACAGCCAGAGGAGACUCACCUUUGUUUGGGAAUAAGAAGGAUAAAGGUGAAGGGUUGGGAUUCAAGGAGAUAAAACACCCACAUGCUACACAGUCUCGAAAGAGGGUGGGUGGACAACAGAGGUACCCUGGAAGGUUUCUACGCCCUGGUAUGAAAGGGAAGAGAAUCAAGAAUAACAAGAGGAAAGUCUGUCAAGGAGCUCAACCCCAACCACUGGGCUGA